CAAGGAAUAACUGCCACACGUGUGGCCCAGUCUCUCUCAGUAAACAAUAACAUAAUAUAACAAAACCCAACCUGCCUUCUCUUCCCAAACCAAAACUAAAACUAAGUCCAAACAGAAUUUUCAGACUUUCUCUCUCUCUCAUUCACUCAUCAUGCCUGGAAGCUUAGACCCCUUGGAUUUAUCCAUUCAGAUUCCUUAUCAUUUCAGGUGUCCCAUCUCUUUGGAGCUCAUGCGUGACCCCGUCACUGUCUGCACCGGUCAAACGUACGACCGUCCCAGUAUCGAGUCAUGGAUCGCCACCGGUAACACCACCUGCCCCGUCACUCGGGGCCCGCUCACCGACUUCACUCUCAUCCCCAACCACACUCUUCGUCGACUCAUUCAAGACUGGUGCGUCGCUAACCGCUCUUUCGGCGUCGAGCGUAUCCCCACUCCCAAGCAGCCCGCUGAGCCCGCCUUGGUUCGCUCUCUUUUGAAACAAGCCGCCUCCGACUCCAACGCUUGCAGCUCGCGUCUCUCCGCUCUGCGUCGACUCAGAGGGCUCGCUCGUGACUCUGAUAAGAACCGUUCUCUUAUUUCAUCCCACAACGUACAAGAAAUAUUGACGAAUAUUCUUUUCUCGAAUUUUAACUCUGAGUCUUCAAAUGAAUUGAACCACGAGUCGCUCGCGCUACUCGUAAUCUUCCCGCUCAGUGAGUCGGAAUGCGUUUGUAUAGCUUCAGACAACGAUAAAGUUACGUAUUUGUCAAAUUUGUUAUAUCAUCCUUCGAUAGAAGUCCGCGUCAACUCAGCUUCACUCUUUGAGAUUGUCUUAGCUGGCAUGAGAUCUCAAGAGCUUCGUUCUCAGAUCAGCAGAGUGGAUGAAAUUUUCGAAGGCGUGAUUGAUAUUUUAAGAAAUCUUCAAUCUUAUCCACGUGGUUUAAAAGUUGGGAUCAAGGCGCUCUUCGCCUUGUGUCUUGUGAAACAGACGAGACACAAAGCGGUGGCGGCUGGCGCGGCGGAGACGUUAGUUGAAAGGCUGGCGGAUUUCGACAAAUGCGACGCCGAAAGAGCUUUGGCGACGGUGGAGUUGCUGUGCAGAAUCCCAUCCGGGUGCGCUGCUUUCGCAUCCCACGCGCUCACCGUGCCACUCCUGGUUAAAACGAUCCUAAAGAUCUCGGACCGAGCGACGGAGUACGCAGCGGGGUCUCUCCUGGCGCUUUGCUCGGCGUCGGAAGAGAGCCAAAGAGAGGCUGUAAACGCUGGCGUGUUGACUCAAUUAUUGCUUCUGUUACAAAGCGAUUGUACUGACAGGGCAAAGAGAAAAGCCCAGAUGCUGUUGAAAUUGCUAAGGGAUUCUUGGCCUGAAGAUUCAAUCGCCAAUUCGGAUGAUUUUGCUUGCACCGAAGUUUUUCCUUUUAGAUGAAGAAAUGAAAUUCAUUGUAUAGUGCAGGAGUUUGUAAUUGUGUAUGUAUUUUUGUAUGAAAGAAUUUUUUGUUCUUGUGAAAAGUUUCAGAAAAACAAAA